AAUGAUGCAAUCAUUCUACAUUCAUUAAUGAUUCAAUACUGCUAUAGCUGUUGUAAGAAGCAUUCAAGCUAAUUAAAGUCCAAAGACUGUAUUCCUUGUCUCCGUGUGAACUCUCUAAACGGAGUGCUAUUUCUGGAUGAAGCGGCUCCGGCGCAAACAUCCCACAACAUAAGAUUCCCCAAUAUUGGUCCUUCGAGCCGGAAAGCUUCACCCACGACAGCGCCAUGGAUGUACAGGAAACAGAAACAGCUACGAUUGGAGCUCAUGGAGGAAGACAGCGACAGCUUCCAACACACCUGCAAGGCUAUAAGAUACCAUGAAGGAGAUGGGAGAUGACAAACUGGCUGUGCUGCUGCCUGCUGACCAUGACUUAGAGGUUAAAUAGAAUCAUGCCUGCCAUCUCCUGAAACAUCACUGUCACAAAAUAAGCAACAGGAUGGAAAAAGGUCAUGACCAAAUAGAGUGAGACAACUGCUGACCAGCCACUCCCCUUCUCUAUAAAAGAGGCAGAGCUGGACUCACAAGAACUGAAGGACACCAACACAGAUCUGAGACUCGUCUUUUUUGGAACAAGCUAAGCCUCCUCUAAAGUGCCAUCAUGAGCACAGAUGCGGAGAUGGCCUCCUAUGGCCCGGCGGCCAUUUACCUCCGAAAAACAGAGAGGGAGAGGAUUGAGGCUCAGGCUGCCCCUUUUGAUGCCAAAACAUCCUACUUUGUGGCUGAUGUGACGGAUAUGUACCUCAAGGGUACACUUGUAAAGAAAGAGGGUGGCAAAGCCACAGUUGAUACAGAUUCUGGAAAGACUCUCACUGUAAAAGAGGAGGACAUCCAUCUCAGGAACCCUCCAAAGUAUGACAAAAUGGAGGACAUGGCCAUGAUGACCCAUCUCAAUGAGCCUGCUGUGCUGUAUAACCUCAAAGAGCGUUAUUCAUCAUGGAUGAUCUAUACCUACUCUGGCCUGUUCUGUGUCGUUGUGAACCCCUACAAGUGGCUUCCUGUGUACGACGCUCAGGUUGUGGAUGCAUACAAAGGCAAAAAGAGGAUUGAGGCACCACCCCAUAUUUUUUCCAUCUCUGACAAUGCCUAUCAGUUCAUGCACACUGAUCGCGAGAACCAGUCUGUCCUGAUUACCGGAGAAUCCGGUGCAGGAAAGACAGUGAACACCAAGCGUGUCAUCCAGUACUUUGCAACAAUUGCAGCUAUUGGAUCUACUAAGAAGGCUGAGUCAUCGUCUGGCAAAAUUAAGGGCUCCCUUGAAGACCAGAUCAUUGCAGCCAACCCUCUGCUGGAGGCCUAUGGUAAUGCCAAGACUGUGAGGAAUGACAACUCCUCUCGUUUUGGUAAAUUCAUCAGAAUCCACUUUGGCCCUACUGGAAAGCUGGCUUCAGCUGAUAUUGAAACAUAUCUGCUGGAGAAGUCCCGUGUCACCUUCCAGUUGUCUGCUGAGAGAAGCUACCAUAUAUUCUAUCAGUUGAUGACUGGCCACAGGCCUGAGGUCCUGGAGACUCUUCUUAUCACCACCAACCCCUAUGACUACCAUAUGAUCAGUCAGGGUGAAAUCACUGUCAAAAGCAUAGAUGAUGUGGAGGAGUUUGAUGCAACAGAUAUGGCAAUUGACAUAUUGGGCUUCACUAGUGAGGAGAAAAUGGGCAUUUACAAGCUGACUGGGGCUGUGAUGCAUCAUGGAAACAUGAAAUUCAAGCAAAAGCAGCGUGAGGAGCAGGCUGAACCUGAUGGCAAUGAGGAGGCUGAUAAAAUCGCCUACCUCCUUGGCCUGAACUCAGCCGAAAUGCUGAAAUGUUUGUGCUACCCAAGAGUCAAGGUUGGAAAUGAGAUGGUGACCAAAGGUCAAACUGUGUCACAGGUCAAAAAUUCUGUCAGUGCUCUGUGCAAGUCCAUCUAUGAGAAAAUGUUCUUGUGGAUGGUCAUCCGCAUCAAUGAGAUGUUGGCCACAAAGCUGGCCAGACAGUACUACAUUGGAGUGUUGGAUAUCGCUGGAUUUGAGAUCUUUGAUUACAACAGCUUGGAGCAACUCUGCAUCAACUUCACCAAUGAGAAACUGCAACAGUUUUUCAACCACCACAUGUUUGUCCUGGAGCAAGAGGAGUACAAGAAAGAAGGCAUUGCAUGGGAGUUCAUUGACUUUGGUAUGGACUUGGCUGCCUGCAUUGAGCUUAUCGAGAAGCCAAUGGGCAUCUUCUCCAUCCUUGAAGAGGAGUGCAUGUUCCCCAAGGCCUCUGACACAACUUUCAAGAACAAGCUGCAUGAUCAGCAUCUUGGCAAGACCAAGGCCUUUGAGAAGCCAAAGCCUGGAAAGGGCAAGGCUGAAGCUCACUUCUCCCUAGUUCACUAUGCCGGUACAGUGGACUACAAUAUCACUGGCUGGCUGGACAAGAACAAGGACCCCCUGAAUGACUCAGUUGUUCUGCUCUACCAGAAAGCUUCAAACAAACUACUGGCAUUGCUGUAUCUAACUCAUGGUGGUGAAGAGGCUGGUGCCAGUAAGAAGGCUGGAAAAAAGAAGGGUGGUUCCUUCCAAACUGUGUCUGCUCUUUUCAGAGAGAACUUGGGAAAGCUGAUGUUCAACUUGAGGAGCACUCACCCUCAUUUUGUCCGUUGCCUGAUUCCAAAUGAAUCGAAGACCCCAGGUCUUAUGCAGAACCACUUGGUCAUCCACCAGCUAAGGUGUAACGGUGUGCUGGAAGGCAUCAGAAUCUGCAGAAAGGGCUUCCCAAGCAGAGUCCUUUACGCUGACUUUAAGCAGAGAUACAAAGUAUUGAAUGCCAGUAUCAUCCCUGAGGGACAGUUUAUUGACAACAAGAAAGCUUCAGAGAAGCUGCUUGGCUCCAUUGAUGUAGACCACACUCAGUACAAGUUUGGGCACACUAAGGUGUUCUUCAAAGCCGGUCUGCUGGGUACCCUUGAAGAGUUGAGAGAUGAUAAACUGGCUAAGCUGGUGACCAUGACUCAGGCUCGCAUGAGAGGUUUCCUCUCAAGGAGAGAGUUUGUUAAGAUGAUGGAGAGGAGAGAAGCUAUUUUUGCUGUCCAGUACAAUAUCCGUUCUUUCAUGAAUGUGAAAAAUUGGCCAUGGCUUAAAUUGUACUUCAAGAUCAAGCCUCUUCUUCAGAGUGCUGAGACGGAGAAAGAGCUGUUACAGAUGAAGGAGAACUAUGAUAAGAUGAAAUCAGACUUGGCUACUGCCCUGGCCAAGAAGAAGGAACUGGAGGAGAAAAUGGUCUCCCUGUUGCAGGAAAAGAAUGACCUGCAACUCCAAGUGGCUUCGGAAGGAGACAAUCUCUCUGAUGCUGAGGAAAGAUGUGAAGGGCUCAUUAAGAGCAAGAUCCAGCUUGAGGCCAAACUCAAAGAGACAACCGAGAAACUGGAAGAUGAAGAGGAAAUGAAUGGUGAGUUGACUGCUAAGAAGAGGAAGCUGGAGGAUGAAUGCUCAGAGCUGAAGAAAGAUAUUGAUGACUUGGAGCUCACCUUGGCUAAAGUGGAGAAGGAGAAACAUGCCACAGAAAAUAAGGUGAAAAACCUGACAGAGGAGAUGGCAUCUCAAGAUGAAUCCAUUGCCAAGUUAACCAAGGAGAAGAAAGCCCUCCAAGAGGCGCACCAGCAAACACUUGAUGAUCUCCAGUCAGAGGAAGACAAAGUCAACACUCUGACCAAAGCCAAGACAAAGCUGGAACAGCAAGUGGACGAUCUUGAGGGAUCAUUGGAGCAAGAGAAAAAGCUCCGCAUGGACCUUGAGAGAGCCAAGAGGAAGCUUGAGGGGGAUCUGAAACUGACCCAGGAAUCCGUAAUGGAUCUGGAGAAUGACAAGCAGCAAUCUGAUGAGAGAAUCAAGAAGAAGGACUUUGAGAAUAGCCAGCUCCUCAGCAAGAUUGAAGACGAACAGACACUUGGUGCUCAGCUUCAGAAGAAGGUCAAGGAACUCCAGGCUCGUAUUGAGGAGCUGGAGGAGGAGAUUGAGGCUGAGAGGGCUGCUCGGGCUAAGGUGGAGAAGCAAAGGGCGGACCUCUCCAGGGAGCUUGAGGAGAUCAGUGAGAGGCUGGAGGAAGCUGGUGGAGCAACAUCCGCUCAGAUUGAGAUGAACAAGAAGCGCGAAGCUGAGCUUCAGAAGCUGCGUCGGGAUCUUGAAGAGUCAACCCUGCAGCAUGAAGCUACUGCAGCAGCUCUCCGCAAGAAACAGGCUGACAGUGUUGCAGAGCUGGGAGAGCAGAUCGACAAUCUCCAGCGCGUCAAGCAGAAGCUGGAGAAGGAGAAGAGCGAGUUCAAGAUGGAGAUUGAUGAUCUCUCCAGCAACAUGGAGUCUGUUGCCAAAGCAAAGGGCAAUUUGGAAAAAAUGUGCAGAACUCUUGAAGAUCAGUUGAGUGAGCUCAAAACCAAAAAUGAUGAGAAUGUUCGCAAACUGAAUGACAUCAGUGGACAGAAGACCAGACUGCAGACAGAGAAUGGUGAAUAUUCCCGCCAGCUUGAGGAGAAAGAAGCUCUUGUUUCCCAGCUCACCAGAGGCAAACAGGCCUUCACUCAGCAGAUCGAGGAGUUUAAGAGGCACAUUGAGGAAGAAGUGAAGGCCAAGAACGCCCUGGCCCAUGCUGUUCAGGCAGCCCGUCAUGACUGUGAUCUGCUCAGAGAGCAGUUUGAGGAGGAGCAGGAGGCCAAGGCUGAGCUGCAGAGAGGGAUGUCCAAGGCCAACAGUGAGGUAGCUCAGUGGAGAGCCAAAUAUGAGACUGAUGCUAUCCAGCGCACUGAGGAGCUGGAGGAGGCCAAGAAAAAGCUUGCCCAGCGUCUGCAGGAGGCUGAGGAAUCAACUGAGGCUGUGAACUCUAAGUGUGCCUCUCUGGAGAAGACCAAGCAAAGGCUGCAGGCCGAAGUGGAAGACCUCAUGAUUGAUGUAGAGAGAGCUAACGGUCUAGCUGCCAACCUUGACAAGAAGCAGAGGAACUUUGAUAAGGUCCUGGCAGAAUGGAAGCAGAAGUAUGAAGAGGCCCAGGCAGAGCUGGAAGGAUCCCAGAAGGAGGCUCGUUCUCUCAGCACUGAACUGUUCAAGAUGAAGAACUCUUAUGAGGAAACUCUGGAUCACUUGGAGACCCUAAAGAGAGAAAACAAGAACCUGCAACAGGAGAUCACAGACAUGACUGAACAGAUUGGUGAGACUGGGAAGUGUAUCCAUGAGCUGGAGAAAUCCAAGAAGUCUGUGGAGGUUCAGAAGUCUGAGAUUCAGAUGGCACUGGAAGAAGCUGAGGGUACACUGGAGCAUGAAGAGUCCAAGAUUCUUCGUGUUCAACUUGAGCUCAACCAGGUCAAAGGUGAGGUUGACAGGAAGCUGUCAGAGAAGGAUGAGGAGAUGGAGCAGAUCAAGAGGAACAGCCAGAGGGUGAUCGACUCCAUGCAGACCAAUCUCGAUGCUGAGGUCAGAAGUAGGAAUGAUGCCCUUAGAAUUAAGAAGAAGAUGGAGGGAGAUCUUAAUGAGAUGGAGGUUCAGCUGAGUCAUGCCAACAGGCAGGCUGCUGAGGCCCAGAAACAACUGAGGAAUGUCCAGGGACAGCUCAAGGAUGCCAUACUGCACCUUGAUGAUGCUAUCAGAGGACAGGAAGAAAUGAAGGAACAGGUUGGCAUGGUGGAGCGCAGAAAUGGCCUGAUGGUGGCUGAGAUUGAGGAGCUGAGAGCCGCUCUGGAGCAGACAGAGAGAGCACGCAAAAUAGCUGAGCAGGAGUUGGUUGAUGCCAGUGAGCGUGUUGGAUUGCUUCAUUCUCAGAACACCAGUCUUAUGAACACCAAGAAGAAGCUGGAGACUGACUUUGUCCAGGUCCAGGGUGAAGUUGAUGAUGCUAUCCAGGAAGCAAGAAAUGCUGAGGAGAAAGCCAAAAAGGCAAUCACUGAUGCGGCCAUGAUGUGUGAGGAGCUGAAGAAGGAGCAAGAUACCAGUGCUCACCUUGAGAGGAUGAAGAAGAACCUGGAGGUCACAGUCAAGGACCUGCAGCACCGCUUGGAUGAGGCUGAGAACCUCGCCAUGAAGGGUGGCAAGAAACAGCUCCAGAAACUGGAGUCCAGGGUGCGUGAGCUUGAAACUGAAGUUGAAGCUGAACAGAGACGUGGUGCUGAUGCUGUGAAAGGUGUCCGCAAAUAUGAGAGGAGAGUGAAGGAGCUUACCUACCAGACUGAGGAGGAUAAGAAGAAUGUGUUCAGACUUCAGGAUCUGGUGGACAAGCUGCAGCUCAAAGUCAAGGCUUACAAGAGACAGGCUGAGGACGCUGAGGAGCAGGCCAACACCCACAUGACCAGGCACAGGAAGGUGCAGAAUGAGAUGGAGGAAGCUCAGGAGCGUGCUGACAUCGCUGAGUCCCAGGUCAACAAGCUCAGAGUCAAGAGCCGUGAUGUUGGGAAGUCUGACACUGCUGAAUAGGAAGAAACAUCCUUCUGAAGACUUAUGACAUAAUUCAUAAAAUAUGAACUAGCUGUUGAAUUGUCUUCUUGUUAUAUCAAUAAAAUGCAUCCUGAAUG